UUUAUCUCAUUAUCUGAUAAUAAAAUCAAGGUUGAAGUUGGUGUAAAAGCUUUUUAUUAUAAGCAUAUAAGCUUUGAGAAUGAGGAAAUAAACGAAAAGCAACGGAAUAAAAUGAUAUUAUUUAUUUAAUAUCAUAUCAUUAAGUAUAUGUAUGUGAUUUAUUGUGAUCCGAGUGUUUAAAAUGUGUUCUGAAUUACCAAAGGAAUUUGAGAAAAACACUGAAGUUUUGCCAUUCACGAAGUAUGGAUUGUCGACGUUAAAAGAUUUUUCAAAAGCAGAAAAAGAUAUUCAACAUUUAGAGUGGCUAAAAAAAGUUGGAUUGUCGAAUGAAGAAGUGAAACUAUAUCAAGAAAACGAAGCGGGUCUUUUAGAUCAGCGUAAAAAAAUUGAAUCCACUGUUUUAAAGUCUAAAUUGGAUGAGAUUUAUAAUAAGAUAAAUAAUUAUCAAAACUUUGGCAGUUCAAAACAAAAUAGUGAAGCACCAAGUACUUCUACAAGUAAAAAUGAACAAAUACAGGAAACAAAGACAAAGAGGCCACUUCAAUUCUAUCCCGAGGGUCAUCCUAUGCAUGAACUUAAAGAAAUUGAAGAGGAUCUCUUUGGUCAUUUAAGGAAUGACAACAUAAUGCCAAUUACAAAGAGAAGGAAGUUAUUAAGACGCCUUGAAAGAAAGAAAGAAAAGGUAAUGGCACAACAGAAGCAAUUGCAACUUGUUCCAACACAAAAUGAAUCACAGCCUUCAACAAGUAAGCCAGGCAGUCUUUGGGAUAUAAAAGAUAUGCCAGAAAGACUUCCUGAAUGUAGUACAUCUACGGAAGUUUCUAAAAAUGCAAUAAAAGAUAAAAUCAUUGGCCCGAAAAAACAGACAAUGUACACAGUAAAAGAUAAUAAAAUAUUAAGAUUGGAACCAUUGCAGAAAGAUAAAGAUGAUGAAACAAGGAAUGAAUUUCGAGCGGUAGAUAUUGUGAUGCCUGUGAACCCAGCGGAAGAACAAUUGCUGGAAGGUACCAAAAUGAACCUGGAUGAUAUCAAGGCGAUAGAAAGAUUCAAAGACUACGAACCUGGGAUACCAUCAAAAGUAUUAUAUUUGAAGAACAUCUCCCCCGCGGUGUCACAAGAGCGUCUCUCAUUACUCUUCAAUCAGUUCUUAUUGGACAAUGGAGGGCCCAUUGAUCUACGAUUACUUACUGGUCGUAUGCGAGGACAGGCCUUUGUUACCUUUCAGAAUGAAAAUCUAGCCAUAAAAGCGUUGGACGAAGUCAACGGUACAAUAUUGAGCGGUCAACCAAUCAUCGCACAGUUUGGUAGAAACAGUAACCGCAUUCAAGAUAACAGAUAAACAUAUUCUAGUUCACAUUACUUUAGUAUUAUUUAUAUUAUCAAUAUAAUAUAAUGAAAUCAAUGUAUUAUCUAU